AUUGGACCCUGGGCGACCUGGAGCCCUUCGACGUGCACUCCCUGUGCGAGGCGCUGCGAGGCUACCUGCAGGACCUGCCCUCCCCCGUGGUGCCGGUGGCCGUGCACGGAGACAUCCUGCGUAUCCUGCAGGAGAUACCCCAGCCAGACCCAGAGCUGAGCCCUGACUUCUCCGUGCUGUUCUUGGAGAUGCUUCUGCAGGCGAAGGAGUUGGAGCUGGAACAGUUGCCUCCAGCCUUGCCUCCAAAACCCCCUAAGCCAAAGCCCAGCGCAGCCAGCUUGGCCAACGGGAGCAGCGUGUCCUUGCAGGACGCCGAGUGGUACUGGGGUGACAUUUCACGGGAGGAGGUGAACGAGAAGCUACGGGACACGCCGGAUGGUACCUUCUUGGUGCGUGAUGCCUCCAGCAAGAUCCAGGGGGAAUACACCCUCACGCUCAGGAAGGGAGGCAAUAACAAGCUGAUCAAGAUCUUUCACCGGGAGGGGAAGUACGGCUUCUCGGAGCCCCUGAACGGCGCGGUGGUGAACCUCACCACCCACUACCGCCAUGAGUCACUCGCCCAGUACAACGCCAAGCUGGACACCAGGCUGCUCUACCCCAUCUCCAAGUACCAGCAGGACCAAGUGGUGAAGGAGGACAGCGUGGAAGCCGUCGGGGAGCAGCUGAAGGUCUAUCACCAGCAGUACCAGGACAAGAGCUGGGAGUACGACCUGCUGUAUGAGGAGUACACGCGCACGUCCCAGGAGCUGCAGAUGAAGAGGACUGCAAUUGAGGCCUUCAACGAGACAAUCAAGAUCUUUGAGGAGCAGUGUCAGACGCAGGAGAAAUGCAGCAAGGAGUACAUCGAGCGCUUCCGGCGCGAGGGCAACGAGAAGGAGGUGCAACGGAUCCUCAUGAACUCGGAGAAGCUCAAGUCCCGCAUCACAGAAAUCCAUGACAGCAAGAUGAAGCUGGAGCAGGACCUGAAGAAACAAGCCUCGGAGAACCGGGAGAUCGACAAGCGCAUGAACAGCCUCAAGCCAGACCUCAUGCAGCUGCGCAAACUGCGGGACCAGUACCUGGUGUGGCUGACACAGAAGGGAGCCCGGCAGAAGAAGAUCAACGAGUGGCUGGGUAUCAAGAACGAGACAGAGGACCAGUACUCCAUGAUGGAUGAUGAGGAGGAGCUGCCCCACCACGAGGAACGAACGUGGUACGUGGGGAAGAUCAACCGCUUGCAGGCAGAGGAGAUGCUCUGUGGCAAGCGGGACGGCACCUUCCUGAUCCGCGAGAGCAGCCAGAAGGGGUGUUACGCCUGCUCCGUGGUGGUGGACGGUGACACCAAACACUGUGUGAUCUACAAAACAGCGACAGGCUACGGGUUCGCUGAGCCCUACAACCUCUACGCCUCCCUCAAGGACCUGGUCUUGCACUACAAGCACACGUCCCUGGUGCAGCACAAUGACUCCCUGAAUGUCACGCUGGCUCACCCUGUCCUUUCCCAGCCACCAGCCAGAUGAGCAGCCCGUGCACAACGUUACAGCUGCCUUCAGCUUCUCCCCAGGGCGCUGCUUUCUGGCUCUGGACUCUUUGCACCCUGUAUAGUUGAGUCUCUGUGCUCCUGCCCCUCCAGAGCCUCUGAGAUGUCUGUGACCGUUCCUGAUGUCCCUUUUGGUCAGUAGCUGAAUCCCGUGUUGGCUGGUGGGACAAAAAGGCUGGGCUGUUGAUUCCCAGUGGACUCCAGCCUCUAGGAAGCAGGAUCCAGUCGUGACUGAAUUGCUGGGGGUGAGCACAGUCCUCUCUCCUUCCCCAAUCAGCAGGUCAGAUCCCCUCUUGCUGGCAGGUCGCCCCGCUGUGCAUCACUGUAGAGGUAGAUUCCCGAUUC